GAAUAUAAACAUGCUGUGUGACAAAAACUAGCAAAAUGUUAGAAAAACAUAUACUAUAAUAACAUUAUUUACUUUAGCCAUUUAAAUACGUGACUACAUAACACAAUUUAGAGUUUAAAAAAGGUAAAAGUAGCCCUGAGUGGGUUUUAUCAGUUUUUUAAAGAUAUAAGAUCACAAUGGAAAUAAGUGAUUCUCACUUUCUUGUGUUAUUGAAGUACUAAUAAUGAAUGUAUUAGAUGUGUAUGUACAUGCAAUAUUAUUGCUUAAUAAAAUCAAUCAAUCAAAUAAUAGAAACUUUUUUGUAAAAAUGUCGACAAUAGAGCUCGGCUGCGUUUGCUGUAGGUAAAAUAUUGACAAAUUUUCCACCAGCUUUUCAAUGAUCAAAAUGUCUACAAAUAUCAUUUUAAAAAAUGCAUUAAAAAUAGGUAAAAACCAAAUAUUCUGCUGUGAAAUAUUUCGGAAAUAAGUAAAUCUGCUCCACACCAGAAGAGGGAGCCAGAGAUCAUUUAAAUCAAGCCUCUAACAGCUUCCUUUAAGCUUCCUCUUUACUUUAAAUUCAGGGAUUUUCAAGCUGAACAACACUGAGAUCCCUUAACUCAGCAAAUUACGAAAGGAGAACAGAUAAAAGGAACCAGUAAAGUUGCGCGAUCUCUUAUUGGCAUAACACAUCCAUCCAUUUUGAGCAGUUAGCUACAGAACUGCAACUGUGUGAUUCUGCUCUGUUUUUGUUAUAUCUGCUUAUAUAGAUGGCAAGUGGACAGCUGUCCAGGGAGGAGGCGUUGGCUUGCACAGACUGCAAGCAUGCCUGCCACGUGAUGCUCUACUCUGACACUAAAUCUCAGCUGUUCGGCAGAACUCCCAUCAAGCACAUUGUGCUGAUGCAGAUGCGCUUCGAUGGUCUGCUGGGCUUCCCAGGCGGGCUCGUUGACGCAGGGGAGUCCCUGGAGGAGGGGCUUAACAGGGAACUGUUGGAGGAGCUGGGCAUGGCCGUGUCUGUAUCUGAGGAAGACCUGAUGGACUCUCGAUUUGCCCCUCCCCUCCCAGGCAAACCCUGCGCCGGUCUCAUCACUCAUUUGUAUGUGAAGAAGUUGGAGGAGGAGCAGAUUCAGGAGGUGGAGAAAGCGUGCGUGUCCAGUGCAGCAGAUCACGGUCUCGAGGUCAUGGGGAUGGUCCGAGUUCCUCUCUACAGCACAAUAAGAGGAGGCGGCCUUGGCUUUUUCCUCUCAAACUCCUUCAUAGGCAACGCUCGCUCUCAGCUCAUUAACUCUCUGCUGCGCCUCCACCUGGUCUCGGCAGGGGAGUUGCGGAGCGCUCUCAGGAAUUCUCUGAAGAUCCAUUCGAAGUCUGCAAAGGACCUGAAGGCAGCCUUUGCUCUGACAGAGGCACAUGGGAAUUGGCUUUAAAACGCACCUGCGCUUGCUGCAGCACAUACUGUCGGGCACGCUCACGUAUAGUUUGACCCUCAGCUUUGCAUACAUACAUACAUAAAUAUCCAUUAGCCUGCUAAAUUACAACUGGUGACAUAAAACUGCUUUUUAUGCAUCCAACGCUUCAGAGCAAUGCCAGAGUUUCUUUUCUUAUAAAUGGAAAUAAAUCAACCUGUUUUUAUCCACCA